AUGGCUGUUAUCACACCCAUUCCGAAAGAUGGCGACCACGAGCAAGCAAACAACAACAGACCCAUCUCGCUUUUGCCAAUUUUAUCUAAGGUAUGCGAGAGGACAGUGCAUAACCAAAUGAUUCCUUAUUUAGAUACAAAACAACGCCUAUCUACCCAACAGAGUGGCAAUAGGAGAUUUCACUCGACAGAAACAUCCUUGAUCGAGACUACGGAUUCAAUCUUGAACGCUAUCGAUGGAAAAGAGUUAACGGCCGUUGUUCUGCUAGAUAUGAGUAAAGCUUUCGACAGUAUAGAUUACAACAUUCUCCUGUUGAAAUUACAAGAUGUCGGUGUAUCACCUGCUGCCCUAAACUGGUUUUCGAUCUAUUUAUCGGAAAGAUUCCAGGUCGUGCGUAUCAAUACCGUUCUAUCCGACAAACUACCUGUGAACAGUGGUGUCCCACAAGGCAGCAUUCUUGGACCGAUCCUCUUUAAUAUCUAUGUUAACGAACUACCAACAAUUCCUCAGAGCAGUUUAUCCAAGAUGUACGUUGACGAUAAUAAACUAUCACUUACUUUUCUUAUCCAACAAUGUGCCUCAGCAAGAACAGAGAUGAAUAAAGAUCUGUGCAGGAUUCGUGACUGGUGUUUUGACAACCACCUCCUUCUCAACGCAUCCAAGACAAAGCUUAUGGUUUUUGGUAGUCGCCAAAUGAUCUCGAAAGUCUCUGACUUCCGUCUGUCAUUACUGGGUAAGGAACUUAUUCCAGUCCAAACAGCGAAAGAUCUCGGAGUUACAUUUGAUUCAAGCCUUUCCUUCGACUAUCAUGUCGUUAAGACUGUCUCUUUUUGCAUGUCCAGCCUGGCGCAGAUUAACCGUGUAAAACAUGUUUUAGAUAAAAGUUUGCUUGUCUUGGUAAUUCGAAGUUUAGUUUUCAGUAAAAUGUAUUAUUGCUCGUCGGUAUGGGCUAACACCACUGCAAAUAACAUCCGCAGACUUCAAGCAUUACAGAACUUUGCCGCCCGAAUUAUCACUAAAUCAAGAAAAUUUGACCACAUAACACCCUUGUUGACUGAACUGCACUGGAUUCCCGUUAAAUUGUCUAAACGGAAUAACACCUGAAUCUUUGUCUCAACAAUUUGUGAGGAGAGUCGACAUCAGUGGACGUUGCACGAGGAACUCAAGUUCUUUAAACAUCCCCUUUUUCAGGAGUGCAACUGGCCAACGGACAUUCUAUUACCGUGCUGUCUCCUUAUGGAACGAACUUCCAGAGAACAUUAAAUGUAGUUCAUCAGUUAACAUUUUUAAACAUAAAUUAUGUAAAUAUCUUUUAGGAAAUCAUUCAUAGUAGCAUUUGGCCUUUAACAAUUUUUAGAUCCAUACCAGUAAUUAGUUAGUUAGAAUUUCAUGUUGGUAUAUCUUAUAAUUUUUUGUAAUUGUUAAUUGGCUCCGAAAAGCCCCGUUGGGGAGAGUUCAAUAAAUUAUUGUAUUGCAUGUAUUAAGUACUUCAGAUAAUUCCAAAAGGCGAUGAAGACGACAAUUCGGCUGAGGGAAUGUUGGAGGUUUCUGAUAGACGGUUGUUGAGGACCUUCUAA